AAAAGAAGUUCGUGUCAUUGGAGGUCAUGCACUUUAUUUUCAAAUACAAUUUGCGCUUUUAAAUCUAAGGAUUCCUUGUUUCCUCUGUCAAACUAAUGUUAUUAAUGCUUAAUUUACCAGAUAUUACGGCGAUUGAAACGUUUUUCAGUAUCAAAACAUAGCAAUGGCAGAUCAGUUCUGCUUACGUUGGAAUAAUUUUCAAUCAAAUAUUGUGAGUGCAUUGGAUUCAUUGAAGUGUUCCGGAGAUCUGGUUGAUGUAACACUCACUUGCGAAGGUAAAAGUAUCAAGGCGCAUAAAGUGAUUCUGUCAGCAUGCAGCCCGUACUUUAGGAAUGUGUUCAAGGAGAAUCCUUGUCAGCACCCAGUCAUAAUAUUGAAAGAUGUGUCGGCGGAUGACAUUUCCAGUUUAUUGUCAUACAUGUAUCAAGGAGAGGUGUUUAUUGAAGAAAGUAAACUGUCAUCAUUUUUGCACACUGCAGCAUUGCUUCAGAUCAAAGGCUUAACUGGUGUCACACAGCAGAAUGAAUGUUUUAGUAUGGCAAGUCCAAAUAAUAAAUUGUAUACUCAAUUAACAAUUUAUUCAAAGGCGCACGGUGGCGUGGGGCAUAAAGAAACUAAAAUACCUGCUCUUAAAAAGAGAAGAAGUAGUACAUCAGAUAAACCUAAUGAUGUUGCACCUGACACAUCUAAGAAAAGUAAAGUUGAGACAUGUGAGACAUAUAAUAAGAAUAACUGCCAGCAAAUUAAAUCGGACAAUGCACUAAGCACAGAAAAUAAUGUUGAGAGGAAGAAGGAAUGCAGAAAUGAGAGUUCUAACAAUGAUGUUGCUGGUAUUGCAAAUGGAAAAAAUUCACAGGUAAUUGAAGAUGUUGCUGUUGUUGUUAAAAAAGAGUGGACUGAAGAAAACAGUUCACCCAAUCCUGCUUCAGGAGUCUCUGAUACUGAGAGUCUUCCAGAUUAUGAAAAUAGUAUGCUGGCUCGUUCUCUUCUGUCAGGCAUAAACCCUUCAAAAAGUGACACAUGUGCCAAAAAAACAGUGGACAUACACAUGUCCAGUAGAUGUAAAGAUUUAAAUGCUGAGGUCUCCAAAAGUCCAUUGAAAAAUAUAAUGGUUGAAGAAUCAAUGGUUAAAUCAGAAAAACCUUCACCUAAAUCAGAUGUUGAGUAUGAACCAGAAGUGUUAUUAUCGGAACAGCAAGAUGGUACUGAUUCAGAAAGCAAUUAUACACCAGAGUCUCAGGCUCUUUUGAUGCUGGCCGGAAUGUCCAGUGUACCAGUUAAUUCAGGUGCAUCUACUUCACAAUCAGUUUCACACCAAUCAAAUCAUGCUGCAAUCUGUGGCGAUUGUCCUCAUUGUGGAAUGAAAUAUUCCAAUCAGUCUGCUCUCAAGUACCAUGUAAGAUUAAUGCACUCAGAUCUCACUAACAGGCUAUGUUGCUAUUUGUGUCCGAGAUCAUUUACCAUGAGAGAGACCUUUAAAGAACACAUGUGGAACAGUCAUGGACAAAGAAACUAGCGAAUAUCUAAGAUAUCGCGAAAAUUGUGCCUUUUAUUAGUUCCUUCCAUCUUCAGUUAUAUAUUUCUAUAGAAUUGAUGUAAUGAAAAAAAAGUGUGUAAGGUUAUAUUAACACGCAAGUUAUACUUCUUUGGCGAAAUAAAAUAAAAAUCCUUAAAAAAAAUCCUAAAAUAUUUAUUGUGAUGUUAUUACAUCGUGAUGAUGCUAUAGAAAUAUAUAAUUGAGGCUUGCCAAUUUAAAACAAUGUAAGGCUUAUUUUUGUGCCUUGAAAGUUGUAUACAACAUUUUGAGAAUAUUUAUUGUAAAUUAUAAGUUAUACAAACUAUUGAAGCUAAGAAAAAGCUGAAUGUGAGAUCUCUAUAAAAACAGUAUAGUUUAAUGUGUCUUAGUUAUAGAAUGAUAUUAGAAUCAUUGGUGUGUUGGAAAUGUAUACUUCCACAUCUUCAAGGCUGAUAUACAGUGUCUAUUUAUAUGAUAAUAUUAAUGUUGUCAUUUUUUUAUUCAUUGUGAGUCAAAUCAUUGGCUGACAUCUAUAGAGCCUACUUAGACUUUGCUCAGACUUUACUUAUGUACAACUUAGCUGAGUGUGAUAAAACACCAACUUAACUUUUGCAUUGGGCUGUCUUAGCCUAAGCUCAGCAUGAUUUCCGCUAUCAAAUGACUAUAAAAACGAUAUUAAAGAUUAUGCUAAGCUUACACUUAGCAAAGUUUUAUGUAAGUAAAAACUGAGCAGUCUAAGUACACUAUUGAUAUCAGCCGUAGUGUCUCUGUUGUCAAUGGCACUCAUGAUGAGGUGGUCUCAUGAUGUGUUCAUUGUAUCUCUUACUCCCAUUAAAGAUGUCAUUGGAGAGAUUUUGGACACUAGUUUGGAAUCAUGUAUAUUACGACAUUAGAGAUGGUUGUUAGCUAUUGUAAAAAGAUUCGCUCUGAUCUUAAUUUUAGUAAUUCAUUUGAUAGAUAUUCAUAUACAUUUAUGUAGUUUUAAAUACUUUGGUAGUACAAACAUUAGUGCCUUGUUUGAUAUUUAUAUGACUGUCAUACAGACAUGACAAGAGAGGUUAUAAAUUUUGAGAAUGUUUAGAAUAUGUUGAUUUGAUAUUGAGCUUUCAACUUAAAGCAAUUUAGUUAAUAGGCUGACAAUAAUCUGAGUAGAUGAAUAAUAAAAGGAAUUUGGUAAAAUUAUUUAUUCAUUAUAAUAAACAUUAUUACAAUAAUGAAUAUAAUUUUAUAUAAAAAUGCCAUCAAGUUGGUUGAAACUAGGAGAUCACUUAACUUGCUGGCAACAGAUGAUAACUGAAAAUGUCUACAUUGAUAUAUUAUUAUUUAAACUAAUGUGUGACAUACAUAAUUGUUCUUCUUCUUCUCAUAAAGUUAAAAUUAUAUAUUUUCACCUUUACAGAAAGUGCCUUCUUAUUAAUGUGACAACUAGGUGUGUUGUGUAGUUCGGUGGAUGGAAAUAGUUUUUCCAAUUGUAAAAUUUAUAUUUGCUACAUUAUUAUAAUUUUUUAGUACUUUCUUUAUGGGUGUAGGUAUAAAGUACUGUGUAUCAAUUGGGACAGUGUGUUGCCCUCACUCAGGUGUAUUAAGACCCUCGGUUCCGCCUUAUAUCUGUUAACUGCACCCUCAUACUAAUAAUUAUUAUUCUAAGUUAUUUGAACAACAUACUAUUCCUGUAUUAAAUUCUACAAAUCGGGUGAUUUCGGUGCUUCAUAAAUGUUAUAAGUGGUAAAUACAUAAUGUUAUUUACUAAACAGAGAUUAUAAAGUACAAUAUUUGGUUUUCAGUAUUAAAUUGCGUGUGUUUUCAGAAAUGUUCAUUAUUGUUGUAUUUAUGUUAGAUUAUAGAACCGAGUAUUUGCGUUUGGCAAUAAUUGUUGUUGGUGUAUGUAGGUGGGUGUUGCCAUCACUAAAUAUUUAUAAAGUUUGUUAUUUGUAUUACUUUUUCAUAAGGUAUUAACCAUGAUAUUAUCUGUUUCGAUUGUUAAUAUGCUUAAAUAAUCUCACCGUAGUCUGGAUAAUUAAGUUCUGACACUGGCAUGUCUCAUAUGCAAUAGAGUGCUCAGUAUUAUUGGGACAAUGUCACCAGCAAAUUUGCCACUAAGUUAUGUGGUCCAAAUAAGACCUUAUGCAUAGACUACAAGUAAUAGUUUUCUUUUUUAUUAGCAAACAGGAGUUUCGCUUUUUGUUAAUAUAUCAUAUUUAUUUCCUUUCAUUUUUUUAUUUUUAGUUUUAAUUAAUGUUAGUAUUACACUUUUCAGAAGUAUUUGAUUUAGAUGUCAUUCUUCUUUACUAACACAAUGAAUACCUUCUGAUUCUCAUAAUAAUUCAAACUCUAUGAUUUGUGCAUUAUUUAAAGAGGUGUGUGCCAAAAUUUUUUCAGACGGCUAUUUUAUAUUAUCUUCUAAGUCUCGGUUUACCGAUAAGUUAUUAUGUUUCUUAUUUUUAGUUGAGUAUUUUAAAUAUUCUUCAUUUUAAAUAUAAGUUUUUUUUUAAUUUAGUUCAGGUGCCUUUAAGAUAUCAUAGGUAUAAGUUUAGUUUUUAAGGUCUGUUACCAUUCUAUAUCAAAACUGUUUGAAACAUAUCUCAAAUUGUUUUAUCUGAAAUAUACUUUUUAUGUGUGAUUAUGUCAGUUUGAAGAUUUAUAUUUUUAGUGUAGUAAUAAGAUUUUUUAAAUUGUUGUGUAUGAUUGUUAUGUGAAAUUAAUAUAUUUUAUUUUGUGAGAGGAAUGCCAUUAGUGAAAUACCUACAUUUACUUAUAUAUAAUAUAAUUGUAUGAUGUAAGAAAAAUAUUUUUAAAAUACCUUUUUAGGUAUAUAUAAAUUAUUAUAAUAGUGUUUAAGAAAAUUGUAGAAAGGUUUUAUUUAGGUUUAUACAAGAUUUAUAUUUUACACUUUAAAUUAUGUUAUAAAUAAAAUAUUGUGCUUUGAA